AUGGUCGAAUCAGAGAUCGCGCCUAAGUUUGCCCCCUUCUUCGGCAUGGCCGGCAUUGCGUCCGCCAUGAUCUUCGGAUGCAUUGGGGCAGCAUACGGAACAGCAAAGUCAGGAAUCGGUAUCGCAGGCGUGGGUACCUUCAGGCCAGACUUGAUUAUGAAGUGUCUGAUUCCCGUUGUCAUGUCCGGAAUUAUCGCAGUUUACUCGCUUGUCAUCGCCGUCCUAAUCGCCGGUGACAUGGACCCACCGUCACGACAGAGUUACAGCUUAUUUACGGGCUUUAUGCAUCUAGGAUGUGGACUCUCGGUCGGAUUCACGGGCCUGGCUGCUGGAUACUGCAUCGGGAUUGUUGGUGACAAGGGGGUCCGCGCGUACAUGGAGCAGUCGAGAAUAUUUGUUGGCAUGGUUCUGAUUCUCAUUUUCGGUGAAGUUUUGGGACUCUACGGUCUCAUCGUAGCACUUAUCCUCAACACCAAGAGCAAGGGCUAA